CUCUUUGUGUUUGCUUGUCUCCAUUGUUUCUUAUGAAGCCAAAUAUUCAAGACAUUCUUGUUUCUUUCUUUCUUGUUAGGUUUCCUCUUAAGAAUACUAUGUGGGAGUCCAUAUGAAUCGUAUGAACAUUAAUCGAAGUUGAGUGACAGUGAAGAAGCUCCAUGUAUAUUAAAGUCAAAGAGGACAAAGGAAAUUAAUUAUCAAACGUCAACUUAAUUUCUAUCUUGUUUGAAAAUGUACAAAAACCAAAAUACACAAAAAUCUAACGGCUAUGAGCCUAAUGUGCAAUUAACUAUUAGUCUAUAACACUACCAUAGCCAUUUCUAAAAAGCUCCUUCCUUUUCUUUUAUCUUUUUUUUUUCUUCCCCUUUUAUUUUUAUUUGUUUUUUCAUGUGCUUUGUGGACUGUUUCUCUUCUCCUUAUUUGUAUAAAGAGUGAUGAAGAAGCUUCAGUAACUUCUGUGCUCCUCUCCAAAAUCCAAGAAUAAAGAAUGGAACGGUAUGCCCAAUCAGUUGAAGCAAGGGCAGUAGAUGUUCGACCAAACAACUCUGAGGUUCCUCAGGAACAACUGCCGGGUCAAUUGGAGGAGAAGAGCACUGAUUACUCGCAAGGAAAAAAGAAGUCCCUGCGAGCUCGUUUCAAAUAUGGCAUCAUCUUCUUGAUCAUAAAUCUUAAAGCCUGGUUCUUUCGAGACUAUGGGCAGAAGUUUCUAGCUCAGUUCAGCUAUAUAAAAGCUUGUGGUCCUGAGGGACGAGAUUGUUGUCAUACAUUGGGAGUUCUGCGUGUGAGCUUAGGAUGCUUUAUAUUUUUCAGUGUUAUGUUUGUCACCACAAUAAAAACAAGAAAAUUAUACGAGGCUCGCAGCACUUGGCAUUCAGGAUGCUGGGCAUUGAAGCUUUUUCUAUUGAUUGUAUCAAUGGCAGUUCCUUUUUUCCUCCCCUCAAAUUACAUUCAAAUAUAUGGUGAAGUUUCUCGUAUUGGUGCUGGCAUUUUUCUUGUCCUCCAACUUAUAAGUGUCAUCGAGUUCAUCACAUGGUGGAAUAACUACUGGAUGCCUGAUAAAGAGAUGAAGGGAAGUUGCUCCCUUGGAUUGUUCAUAUCAAAGAUCUUCUAUGUUGCUUCUGUAUGUGGAAUUGUGCUGAUGUACUCUUUCUAUGGACGGAGCCUCAAAUGUUCUCUCAACAUAUUCUUUAUCACAUGGACUGCAAUUUUGCUUACAGUGAUGAUGGCUAUAUCUUUGCAUUCAAAGGUCAAUAGAGGUCUUUUAUCUUCUGGGAUUAUGGCUUCGUACCUUGUCUUUCUGUGUUGGUCUGCUAUAAGGAGUGAACCUGUGAAUGACAAAUGCAACAAACAGAACCAAGCAGACGGAAACAGUGACUGGACAACUGUACUUAGCUUCCUAAUAGCAAUAUGUGCCAUUGUCAUGGCAACCUUUUCCACAGGAAUUGAUUCGCAGUCAUUUCAGUUCCGCAAAGAUAAAGUUCAACAAGAGGAUGAUAUCCCUUAUGACUAUGGUUUUUUCCAUCUAGUAUUCGCCCUGGGUGCUAUGUACUUUGCUAUGUUAUUCAUCAGCUGGAACCUAAACAACUUAGCAAGAAAGUGGAGUAUUGAUGUUGGCUGGACAAGUACAUGGGUAAAAAUUGUGAAUGAGUGGUUUGCAGCCACAAUAUAUUUAUGGAAAUUGAUUUCCCCAGUUGUGAGAGAGCCUAAGGUCAUGGAUCUGGAAGGAUCCAAUGCAGCAGGAGGAUGAAACUGUACCAUCUCCCUUGCCCUUUGUUACAUUGUUAUUCUUUCUUCAUCAUUUUUUAUUGGCAGAUUCAUGGCAUCCUAAGCUUGGAACCAAAUCUUAUAUAAAUCAUUGUAUCAUCUAAAGUAACAAGUUCCACCUGUUCAAAGACACAAAAAAGAGAAGAAAAUUUUACCAGCAAAUCACCAUCUUCAUUGGAGAAAAAUCAGUACAUAUUUGCAGCCCAUGGAAUAUAUA